GGGAUUCGUAGUCUUUUGCGUGUCUGCCUUUUGUUUUACAGUACACGGCCUUGUCAGUAAUUCCAAGACGCAGCUGCUGUACACAGCUGGAGGUCUUAGGGACCAUCACUGUGCCUGCCCUCUGCGUUUUUCGGCUCCCUCUCGCUUGUGCGCCGGCUCCCAUCAUUCAGAAUAUUGACCAGCUGGCGCUACCGGUGGACAAUAAGGAAAUCCCAAAGAAAGACAAAAAGGAAGAUGACGUCUGUGAGUUUUAAGGAGGUGGCUAUGUACUUCUCCGAAGACGAAUGGAGCCAGUUAAACUUUUUGCAGAAGGAACUGUGCAGCAAUGUGAUGAGGGACAUCCACACAACUUUACUUUCUUUAGGUUACACCAUUCUCCAUCCCGAUGUUCUCUGUAGGAUUAGAAGAAAUGACGAGCCAUAUGUCACCAGCCAGGAGGAAGACCACAAAGGGGCUUCAGUUCCAAAUUCGGACAUGAUAUUUAAAAUAAAAUGUGAAGAAGAACUUUGUGCUGAUGAAGGAAAUCCUACAGAAAGCAGCACUAAAGCUGUACCAGGUGCCUCGGUCCUCAGCCCAGAUCUCAUAUUCAGAAUCAAGCGCGAUGAGGAUGUUUGCACUGAUGAAGAGAACUGUAAAGGUGGUGAAGAAGAUAAAUCAGAGUUGGGUUACACCAUUCUCCAUCCCGAUGUUCUCUGUAGGAUUAGAAGAAAUGACGAGCCAUAUGUCAGCAGCCAGGAGGAAGACCGCAAAGGGGCUUCAGUUCCAAAUUCGGACAUGAUAUUUAAAAUAAAAUGUGAAGAAGAACUUUGUGCUGAUGAAGGAAAUCCUACAGAAAGCAGCACUAAAGCUGUACCAGGUGCCUCGGUCCUCAGCCCAGAUCUCAUAUUCAGAAUCAAGCACGAUGAGGAUGUUUGCACUAAUGAAGAGAACUGUAAAGGUGGUGAAGAAGAUAAAUCAGAGUUGGGAUUUCCAUCUGCAAUGUCUGAUGUGCUAAUUAAUAAAGAAGGAAAGUCUGAUGGAGAACAGAAGACAGAUCAGAAGCAUAAUCACAGUCAUGAAGAUCUGACCUUUGAAGCCAAUCACUUGGUUUUCAAUCCCAAAAUUUCCAUUUGGCCCAAGCAGGAGGAUGAAGUGCCUGAAGUAACUUCUGAGCUCUUAUCAGCGGGAUGUAUAGAUCGAAAUGUUAAGGAAAUAAAAACUGAGAUAGACCUCACCCUUGGUUGCAAGUUACCUCCACCACAGGAUCUUACAGAAGCUACUUCAGACACUGCUUCAGAGAUCUGCCAAAUAUCAGAAAAAUACCCUGGUUUACAUAAAGAGGAGCAUGCUGGGAAAGGGGAGGAAAGUCUGCUGUCCAUUGUCCUUAGAAGAGCAAAUGCUGGGAAUCUACAGUUACCAAAUUACAAGCAUUCUAGUAGCUACAAAAACAUGGACUACUCCGGAGGUAUCCCCAGAAUUGUAGAGAAAGAGACAUGUUAUCCACCAAAGCAGUCCUUCUUCCAGACCCCUGGUAGCAGUGACCUACUGAAUAGCUUCCAUGCCCCCCCAGCACCGCUCCAGCACUGUGCCCCUCAGAUAGACAAACCCUUCCGAUGCCACCUAUGUGACAAGCGUUUUAAGACCCUGGGAAUACUGAACAUCCAUCUGAAAACGCACAGCAGGGUCAGACCAUAUCAGUGCAGCGAUUGUGGGAAAAGCUUUAGGGACAACUGGAAUCUUAAGGUUCACCAGAAAAUACACACAGGAGAGACCCCCUAUAGAUGUGCUAUAUGUGAUAAAGGAUUUAUCCAGUACGCCACGUAUAUGAAGCACCAACGUAUACACACUGGGGAGAGGCCAUAUUCUUGUGGUUACUGCAAUAAGAGCUUCACCAAUAGCUCCAACCUGGUGAGACAUUACCGAACACACACGGGUGAGAAGCCAUAUAUCUGUAUGGAGUGUGGGAAGAGCUUCAGCUACAACACAAGUCUUAUACAGCACAGAAGGAGCCAUAAGGUGGAACCUGCUGAGAACGCAACCAACGGCCCCAGCAACAAGUGACUGUAACAGGGACCUAGACUACCAAAACCGCCUGAUUAGCACUUUCUUGAAUAUGAAUAUUAAACAGUUUUACAACGUGAAGUCAAAAGAUUUGAGAAUGAAUAAGCUUUGCUUACGCAGGCUAAGUGAAUAAAAAUAUUUACUAAGUGUGAUAAAAUAUAAGGUAAGACAGAUAAAUCACAUACAGAGCAGUAAAAAGUAAAUAAUUAUCACUGGCCUACACAUACAAUGGAGGGAGGGGGAACCUGAGUCCACCAUGUCGUAGCACAUGGCUGACACCCCAUGGUCAUACAAGAGAUAGAGAUAUUUUUCAAACAACAUCUUACUUGGAUGAUUUCUUCAGUGAAGUGCCCAUUACCUGUCUGUGUGCAGCCAAGUUUAUACCCUUUCAGUCCCUUUUCCCAAUGAUGUCCAGUGUGCAGCACACAUGUCUCUGAGAUAACCACUGUGGAAUGUGGCCAAGCACAACAGGGGUUGGGUAGGCUAUCAAACUAUCAUUACACAGAAUACAGAAGAUAAUAUAAAAGCGACAGACCUAAAGGGAACAGAACCAAUCAUUACUUAAAAAUACCCUGCAACACAUUUUAGCCCUUGUUCUUCUACUUUAAUUCCUUUUCACCUAUCCAAAAAUAUAACAUCAUGACCUAUUCUAGCUAACAUCAUAUAAACCCUAGUCAUUUAACAGAAAACCACUUUAGAACAAUUACAUAAAAAUAAAAAAAUUCAUAAAAACUGUAUGUUGAGCUAACAAGAAGUGUCUUUCACAAAGGUCUUCUUCACUUCUGAUAUUCUUGGAUGCAAAGUCUCUGGUGCAAAGUCAGUUGUCCAUUUCUUGAUAUUCUGUACACCAUACUGCAUGGUCCUUUUGUGCCGCAACACAUAUGUUGUUUCCCUCUGUACAACUUUAUAGUUCAGUCUCUUACUCCUCCUUUUUCUGUGUUAAUGUAUGAAGGGAUUAAUGCAGGGCUCAGAGCCUCCUUUCAGUGGUUGUAGGAAAGUCCAUAACCUUGUUUAUGGGAAGAGCUUUGACACUGGGGCCUCCUCCCCUCACUUGUCUGCAGGUUCCACAAGGUCAUCAGCCCUGCUGGUUGGUUGGUGUAUUGCAGGAAGUCUUGGGCAGGCAAUUACCUGGACAUCAGUAGUGCAAUGUCUUUUUCAACAUGGCAGACAGGUGGUUAAAGUUCUUGUUGGGUGGUAGGCAGGUCACCGAAAGCUGCAUCUUACCACACCUGGUCAUUAUCUUGGGCAGCUCCUGGGCACUGCUGAGGUUGUCGGUCAGUUCCUGGGCACUGCAGAGGUUGUCAGUCCGGGCUCUGCUUAACAACUGAUAUAGCCUGCACUUAGGGAAGAUGGAAUUGGAGACAACUUGAACAGUUCCAGAUAGUCUACAAGAUGUCAUUCAGUUUCACAAUAAAUUCAAAAAGCUCAGUCCAUAGUCUUCAAUUCAGACCAGGAUAGGGGUGUAUUUAGUUUUCUCUCCAUCCGUACAUCAGAUGGAUUAACCAAAACAAACAAAAGUCCCAACACUGUAUUUAAAAAUAAACUUUCCAAUGGUACCAUAGAGGUCCUUUGCCAAAGGAAAAUAAACUUUGCUAAAUCCCAUACAUAGUCUAAUUGCCUGUGUAUUAUGUAACAGUUACAUAUACAUGUGUCAUUAAAUAUUGGACUUAAUAUGUACUUCAAACUCAACUUAUGCAUUUUGCAGUUUUUCCUCAUAAUCAAUGAUGUUCAAUUGUCUUUGAUGGCCUUUGUCACAACACUAUAACAUAACGUAUCAAAAUUGUUUUUAGUUCUAUUACAUUUGCAUAUUUAUUGCACAUUGUGGUGUAAAACAAAAAAACUGACAUUUGUUGUAAUAUGUCUUCAUUCAUGGGUAUCUUCUUCAAUGUUAACCCUUCAACCUCGUAGUUUAAUCAUCCUCCUUUGAUUGACAGCAAUUAAUAUAUUUA